UUCUCCUUUUUUGUUCCCUAAGGAAUAAAGGCAGUCUUUCUGACAGUCACUGGACAAUCAAAGUUCCCAGGAUUUCUUCCAACUGAUACUUUCCUCUCUUACAUCAUUCCAGCUAAAUGCAGGGAGUCCCAUGUUGUUCGAUGCUUUCCUCCCGAUAACACAGAGUACUGUCACUUCUACUCAUUGGAAACUCUACUGCAUGGGAUGUACACUGAAACUCUUAAUAUACAUCCUUCUACAAGAGAAAUGCUUGCAACACUUGACAACUGGUUAGGGGAGAGACACUCUCAAGUUAAUGCUAUCAAUCAGUUAUUCCAACCUCCAGUUGCUCAAAGAACCAUCUAUGCAGUAGCCAACCCGUUGCAUAGUGAAAAUAGUGAGUCAUUUGGAAAAUAUUGGAAGAAAUUUGAAGAAGAGAAAGUCGACAAAUUUGUUGAUAACCCUUUAUUUGGUUCUGGUUUGAAAUUCAAGGACACACCUGAAAUAUACAUAGUGAAUAAGUAUUUUGGUAUGGGAGUUCCAGAUUAUGAAUACAUAGGAAUGAGAAGUCAACACCAGCCAUCGGGCAGUGGAGACUGGGUGGAGGAAUUUCCAUUGCACAAGUUUGCAUGUGAAGGCAAUGUUGAUGGUAUCAGAGCAUAUCUUUCUCAGGGUGUACAGCUUGAUCCCAAUGCACUUGAUACCGAUGGAUGGGCUCCUUUGCACUAUGCUUGCUGGUAA